AACUUAGCCCUCAAUGCUGCACCCCUCAUCAAAACACUAAACAGGCCACAAUGGCUGGUGUUGAGUUACCACAGAUGCUGCUGUAUCUCACUGGGGAGGAUUGCUAAACACGGUGUAAACUUGAUGGAAAAUACUAAAAGGAAUUUACGUGUGACUUCUCCAAUGCCUCAACAAAACUCCCAUGAAGCAAACCAGAAUGGAGCUUCCCGUCCUGCAGAUAAACCCAGACAUGUUCGUACGCAGUCAUCUGCAUCACUCUCGCCGCUGCUUCCCAAAGCUCUCUCCGCCGUCCUGCACGCCAGACAAGUCCACGUCCUCCCCCGCCUGAACCUCGACUCCGAGCCUGGACCCAUCAGAGGCCCGGCAGAACACUCGUCACCCAAACUGGAGCAGCUGCAGUCGGAGCUGGGAGAAUUGAGGGAGCAGUUUGAACAGAUGAAAACUCAGCACAACAAAGAAAUUAAACUUCUGAUGAGUGAGCUGGAUGAAGAGAAGAGAAUUCGUUUGACCUUACAGAUGGAGCUACAACGUAUAAAGAAGCACAUGUCAAAAUGACAAUAGUUCUAAAAUAAUUAUUUGCUUGUAGUUUGUUGUGGUGUGUGACUAAACUGCACCAUGCGGAAAGCUGUUGAGCAUUCAUGUAUAAAUAGCUAUAAAUAACUAAAAUACCAAGAAUAGCCGUCAGCAUGGUUUAUUACAGUACAACAAUGCUACCGUUUUUUCCGGACUAUAAGGCGCAGCGGACUAUAAAGCGCACCAUUAAUGCAUCAUGUCAGAUUUUUAAUCCAAAUCAAAUCAUUCUCCAUUUUAUCUUUUUUAUUUCAACUUCAGAUGCAACAAAUGACUUUAUAACCACAAAAUAAUGAUCCAUAGUCUUUUUGAUUCAUGAUUCAUAGUCUUCAGCAGGGCCACUUAUACUUGAUUUCAUGACACAAUGCUUCGGGCCAGUUUGAAUUUAGGAAUUUAGUCCAUAUAUAAGGCGCACUGGACUAUAAGGCGCACUGUCGGCUUUUGAGAAGAUUUUAGGGUUUUAGGUGCGCCUUAUAGUCCGGAAAAUACGGUACCUAAAAAAAAUAAAAAAUGGAGGCAACAUUUUGAUUAUAAUUUUGUAUUGGAUGGUGAAGAUGUACCUAAUAUCUCUACGUUUGUAAAAUUACAUUUAGUAGAAAACAUUCGACAUAUAUUUUAAAAUAUAUAAAAUAUUAUUAUUAGUAAUAGUUUCCAAGGAUACGUAAAUGAGCCAAUGUCACUUUAUUUUAUGUUGAGUGUUUUUAUCCUGUUUUUGUUUUCCAAGAAAUUUAUUAUCCACAUGAAAUGUCUUAUUGUGAUUUGAAACAAGAAGAGCCAGUAGUAAAUAUGCUCAGAUAAGUCAUUUAAAAAAUAUAUACUAUUGUGUAUAUAUAUAUAUAUAUACUGUAUAUAUUUUGUUUCAAAUACGUAUGAGCAAACAAUGCUGUGAAAUGAGUUGCUUGUUG